AUGAGGGUGAAGAGGAGGAAACAUGAGAGAGGAGGAAGGGAGACCAGAGUGGUUUAUCAGGAGGGUUUCUUCCUGACGGUGUCUCUGGAGUCCAUACUGAAAGUGGCCAAACACGCUUCUGAGAACAACAAGCUGUUCACUCUGAACCUCUCCGCUCCCUUCAUCUCCCAGUUCUUCAAAGACGCCCUCAUGGAGGUCAUGCCCUAUGUGGAUGUGCUGUUCGGCAACGAGACGGAGGCGGCCACGUUUUCAAAAGAGCAAGGCUUUCAGACCGAGGACAUCGAGGAGAUUGCCAAGAAGGCCGAGGCUCUGCCCAAAGUCAACAAGAAGAGACCGAGAAUCGUUGUCUUUACUCAGGGGAAGGACGGAACCAUCAUGGCCAAAGGAGGUGACAAGGUGGAGACGUUCCCAGUGCUGAAGAUUGACCAGAAGGACAUUGUGGACACAAAUGGAGCCGGAGAUGCCUUUGUAGGAGGAUUCCUGUCAGAGCUGGUCCAGGACAAGGACUUGGAACAGUGUGUGAAAGCAGGACACUACGCUGCCAACAUCAUCAUCAGACGAGCAGGAUGCACCUUCCCCGAAAAACCAGACUUCCACUGAUGACCUGUAACCUUAAUUACUGACCGCUUACCCCUACCCCUAACCCAUCCACCCUUACCUCUGACCCUUACCUUCCAACUUAACGAAACCAGGUCCCCCCCUGUCCAUUUUUUUCUUUCAACCAUGCUUUCAUCCAAUCCAUCCAUAUAUCUGUCAUUGCUUUCAUCCCUUCUUCCCUUGUCUUUCUGCAACCAGACUUCUGUGCCUAUUCUUCUUGUCCUACGCUAGGGGAUGCUCUCGGGCCACACUGCCUGAUACAGCAGUAUCUGUUUCUACUGAUGUUCAACUGCCCUCCGUCAUGACUCUGCGGAAGUCUACUGCCCUCUGUAAACACAGUUAGACUGAAGGUACUAACGUAAUACUGCCGAUUCACAGUUAACUAUCAGCCUCUCAAUAAACGGUCAUGUUUACACACACAGCAGGAUGCUGCUGGAAACCGACUGCUGUCCAGUCUUCUCCUUGGAGACCGAGCUAAAGCCAAGUUAGUGAGUCGGGAUUAGGUAACAGGUUAGGGACAUGGUUGAUGAGUUAGUUACGGAUGGGUGGGUGGAAUACCGUGAUUUGAUGCAGGAAGUUUCUGUUGACAAGGUUGAAGAUAAUAUCUAGGGGAACACCUCUAUCAGAGAUAUUAAGAACACUGCACAUAGAAAUUAGAUAGGCAGUGUCAUUGUGAUUUAGAUGUCAUCAUUGAUUUCAUUGAUUGAUGUUUUAUUAUGACUGGAGGCUUAUUGAAGCAGAGAAGUGUUGUUGCUGUAAAACCAAACAGAUUCCUUAACCUUAAAGCGCACAGUAAAAGUGUAAAGUUCUCUGUACACUUUGUAAAUGUGUAAAGGCCUCUGUGUACUUUGUAAACGCGUCAAAGCCUCUUGAGUCAUUAGUGAUUUUUAUGGCUGUUUUACAAAUGAUUCAUAUUUAAAUAAUACAUUUUAACGUGAUGCUGGUGUAGCCUGUAGAUAUUGGCUAAUAAACACAUUUCAGUUGGUCUAAAAUAAAAUAUAAUAGGCUUUUUAUAAUUUUAUAAACAGCCUGUGUUAUACGUCUCA